GCAAGGAACAGAAACGCUAUGGUCUUCUCUUCACCUGUCUGUGUUCCAGAGCAGUUCACAUCGAGAUGUUGGAAGACAUGACGACAGAUACGUUCAUCAAUGCCUUACGAUGUUUCAUAGCCAUCCGAGGUGCCGUAAGACACAUCAGAUCAGGUCAAGGAUCGAACUUUGUUGGAGCUAGAAACGAAAUGGAAAGAGCUCUGAAAGAAGUCAACCAAGAGAGAGUAGCUGCCUUUCUUGCAGAUAAGCAGUGUGACUUCCGUAUGAACGUACCUGACGCAAGUCACGUUGGAGGAGUAUGGGAACGGCAGAUCAGGACGRUGAGAAGUGUUCUUACCUCAGUUCUAGCUCAGAGCACUGGGAGGCUGGAUGACUCGUCCCUAAGGACAUUUUUCUAUGAAGCGAUGUCCAUUGUAAAUAAUCGACCCUUAACAGUCAACACAAUCAGUGAUCCCAACAGCYUGGAGCCCUUAACACCCAACCAUCUCCUAACUAUGAAGUCAGCUGUUCCUCUGCCCCCACCUGGCAAGUUUGUUAAGGAAGAUCUUUAUACCAGGAAAAGAUGGAGGCGAGUUCAAUAUCUUUCUGAGCAGUUUUGGAACAGAUGGAGAAKAGAGUAUCUUGCCAACAUCACUCUCAGGCAAAGAUGGCAUGCCCCUCGACGUAAUGUGCAAGCAGGAGACAUUGUAAUCCUUAAGGAGGAAGAAGUCCCUCGCAACAGAUGGAAGCUUGCCAAAGUUMWUCAAGCAUGUGAAGAUGAUGAUGGACUGGUCAGAAAGGCCAUCAUUCAAGUGGGAGAGAGGAUGUUAGGAAAGAAGGGUGAACGCCUCAACAAGCUAACUAUUYUAGAACGGCCUAUCCAAAAGUUGGUUGUUAUUGUAAGAAGCAGCUAAACUUGUGUUCAGUACGUAACUGUCMCUWAUGACUCAUGUAAGAAGUUCUUUGAUGCUUUAGAAAUUACCAUUGAUUAUCAAUACAAAGUGUUAUGCA